AUGUUGAGUGCCAAUCAUCGACAGGCUCUGCUCCGGGGGAAGAGUGUCAGCCUUCCAGUGGACAAGUCCAAUGUGGUCCGGGUGUUCAUCAGCUCCACUUUCACAGAUAUGUGCAUGGAACGCGACGCUCUCCUCGAUAAAGCCUAUCCAGAGGUUCAGGCUUUCUGCCAGAAACUGGGACUGAUUUUUGAGGUAGUUGACAUGCGCUGGGGAGUCCCAGAUACACUGACAGCUGACCACAUGAGCACAGAGAUGUGCCUGAGAGAGAUUGAAUCCUGCCAGAAAGUAUCAGUGGGACCCACAUUUAUCGCUCUUGUUGGCAGUCGCUAUGGUUACCGGCCCAUCCCUCGUGUUAUAGAAGAAAAGGAAUUUGAGGUGCUACUGAUGAAGCACUCUUCAGAUUCCAGUUCCUGCAAGCUCCUUCAGGAUUGGUUCUGGAAAGAUGAGAAUGCCAUCCCUCCCAUUUACAUCCUUCAGCCAAUCACCACACACCUACCAUACUACAGUGAUACAAGCCCAGCCAACCGGGAGCAACAUGAGAAGGAGGUGCUCGCCUGGUCCAAGGUGGAGGAACAAAUCACAGCUCUCCUUCGGACAGCAGCCUCCCAGGCAGCAGAGGAGGGCCUCAUCAAGAAGGAGGCGAAGCACAAGUACUUCAAGUCAGUCACCGAAUGGGAGAUUGACUAUGGCCUCCGGGAAACAAAACAAGGAGAUGUGUGCUCCUCGGUCUUCAUCCGAAACAUCCCCAACAUGCUGGAUCAAUGUGACAGGCAGCAAGUGCACAAAUUUGUUGAUGUCACCAGCAAUGGGAGCAUCGACAGAGAGGCUCAGGAACUUCUCACCAGUCUAAAGACCGAGAUUGUUAGCAAGCAUUCAAAGACUCUCCGUGUGCACCAAGUGAAGUGGCCAAGUGGAGUGCUGGACGUAUGGAGCCAAGACCAUGCUGCUUACCUCCAGAAUCUGUGUCAGACAUUUGUUGAGGACAUGAAACAGCAGAUUGUCAGGAGGAUUGCUGAUCGGCAAAAAGCUCAGGAUGAGAUGGGUUGGCUGUUUGAUGAGCUGUGUCACCACAUGUCCCUUUGUCACAAGAAACGCAGCAUCUUCUGUGGCCGUGUCGAGCUCAUCACCAACAUUUGUCAAAGUAUCGAACUGAAGAACAACUGCACCCAUACGCCGCUGAUUAUCUAUGGCCCUUCAGGGACUGGGAAGACAGCCGUCAUGUCUAAACUUGCCGAGGAUGUUGGGAAAUGUCUCAGCAGUGGGACGGUGGUAGUUACUAGACUUCUGGGCACGUCACCACUAAGCUCUGAAAUUCAUACUGUGCUGAAAAGUGUCUGUUUCCAAGUGUGCCUUGCCUUUGGGCUAAAACCUCCUUUGAUGCACAUUGUUAAUUCUUACAAUGAGCUGGUCCAAUUCUUUCACAGACUUCUGAACAUAGUGUCCAAGAAGAACAAGGCACCCUUGGUCCUCAUCCUUGAUUCUCUGGACCAAUUAUCUCCCAAUGAUGGUGCACAUAGGCUACACUGGCUGCCAAAAGAAUGUCCACCAAAGGUCCACCUUAUCGUCUCUACCUUACCUGAGGAAUACAAUAUCUUAAAUGUUCUACAAGGAGCCAUACCAAGCCAGGAGUGUUAUUUUCAGGUGGAGCCGCUGUCCCAUGAACACGGACAGCAAGCAAUUGCCAUGCUGAUGUCAACGGUGAGGAGGAAGCUCACCAAACAUCAGCAGGAGCUGAUUCUCAACAGCUUCAUGCAUUGUGGGCAGCCUCUCAUGCUCAAGCUGUGCUUUGAUGAAGCCAAGCGAUGGAGCUCCUGUGUCCUGGAAUCCGAGCUGUGUGUGGCCAAAGGCACCAGGGAGGCCGUGCGUUUCCUGUAUGCACGGCUGGAAAAGAAGCAUGGCCGGACCUUCGUGUCACAUGCUCUGGGGUACAUCGCCUGCUCCAGGAGUGGGCUCUCUGAGGCUGAACUGAAGGAGAUCCUUUCACUGGACGAUGAGGUUCUUGGCGACAUCUAUCAAUACUGGUCACCUCCAAACAAAGAUAUCAUCUGCCUCCCUCCUUUGCUGUGGACACGUCUUCGAUAUGACAUUGGGGAAUACCUGGUGGAGAGACAAGCUGAUGGGUUCCCAGUUCUUCACUUUUAUCAUAGGCAAUUCAUAGAGGUGGUACACGAGAUGUACCUCCCGACAGAGGAGAAAAUCAAACGCCACUCCGUGCUGGCAGAUUUCUUCAACGGGACGUGGAGCCAGGGGAAAAGAAAGACCAUCACACUCCCACAGCUGAAUGAGACAUUGCAUGCAGACAGAAAGGUCUCCGCACAGCCUCUGAUAUUUGGGGAUGCUGUUGUGAACUUACGAAAACUGAGUGAACUGCCGAACCAUUUGGUUAAUGCUGGUCGAAUUGAUGAGCUGAAACAGGAGAUUCUGGGGAAUAUGGAAUGGAUAGUUUGCAAAAUGCAAGCCAUGGGAAUGAAGUGUGUGCUGGAAGAUUUCUACGCUUGCACCCGUCAAGUUGGUUGUCCUGACGUGCAGCUCGUUCAGGAUGCACUGUUACUCAUCUGGCCUACGAUAAACUUCAUGGAGAAUGACAUAGAUGAGCGUGUUCUGUACAUGGAGGUCUUGGCUCGUCUUGACUUCUUCAGGAGCUCGUACCCAAUGGUUGAUGAGCUGUGCCAGCAGUGUAGGAGAUGGUGCGCCUCGUGCCCAAACCCAGUCUUUACUCCACUGUGUGGCUUCUUCCAGCCUCCUGGUGGGCCACUCCGGACAACACUUACUGGCUUCAGAAAAGGUAUCAGUGUGAUGGAGCUAAGUACUGAUCUCACAGUGUUGAUGGCAGGCUCACUGGAUGGACUGAUGAUCGUAUGGUAUCUGCAGGAUAUUGAAGUAAUCCACACCAUGACGGGUCAUUCUGCUGAGGUACGGUGCAUCAAAGUGAUUCAUAACAAGGCCCAAGCUGUGUCAGGUUCAUUUGACCACACACUACGUCUGUGGAACCUAGUGACUGGAAAAGAGAUCUACUCGAUCCCAGAAGACCACUCAGGCUAUGAACACUUUGCACUGCUCCAGGUGGAUGAAGCAACCAGUGUGAUCUACUCAGUCUCGGGCUGCCAGGUUAAGGGUUGGCGCCUGGAAAAUGGAGAGCCUCUGUUCCAACUAUCAGGUGGUAACUUGGACGAGACAACACUCACAGCAGUGGUGGGCUCCAACAGCAUUCUCCUGACCAUGUCCACUGGGGCCACACUCUGUGUGUGGGAUCGGGUCAAGGGCAUCUUACAGAGCACUCACCACCUCACUGGUCCAAGUACCUCAACACCAGUGUGCAUCCUUCCAUUGAAAAGUCAGCCGAAAGUAGCAGUGGCAUUCAGCGAUGGAAUCAUUGCAAUGGUGUCUCUGGAUGGGACUUGUGUCACAGAGAAAAUCAGCUUAGCAGUCACCUUCCUGGUUACAUCAGAAAGUGAGAGGUGGAUGGUAGCAGGCUUUGGAAAGUAUGCUCGGGUGUUUAAGCUAGACAGUGACAUGAUUGUGAAAGCCUCACCGAUGGACUUGGAACAUGGUGACAAAGUUCACGCUGCUGUAAUCAGCAGGGAUGAGAGCUCGCUGAUCACUGGGUCUGCUGACGAGACUAUACGGGUGUGGAGCUUGUCAGCCGAUGUCAAGCUGAUGGACUCGAUUGAAGGAAUGGGAGUUCCCAUCACCUCGGUGUUGCUUUCUGGGAACACCUUGAUUUCCGCCUCACGUAGUGCCUACUACCUUAAAAUCUGGAACCUUAGCUAUGACCGACGGCACACCACAGUUACGCCGUUCCAUAACCGCAGUACGAUCACUGGCUUGGCACAAGAUGGCAGCUUGGUGUGCUUUCCGGAAAUGGGGGACUCAAAGAAAGUCGUCAUUUGGAACUCUGAAGAAGGUGUGGAGCUUCGGACCCUCAGUGCCAACUCUGAGCUCUGCUGCCUGGUCGUUGCCGAGCAGAGAGAAUCGGUGAUCUGCGGACUGAGGUCGGGCUCGUUGGUGGUCUUCUGCAUCGGGGGUCGGCAGGAGCCGGCGUACCACACCCCACCUGGGCACAAUGGUGCCAUCCAGUGCCUCGCCCUCAGCAGCCGCGAGGAGAGGCUGGCGCUGGCUGACUGCAGCUCAGCGCUGGUGUAUGCGCUGGGCGUGGCAGAGUCUGACCCGGUGCUGGGCCAGGUCCUCUUCACGGUCACUAUCCCGCCCAGGUCCACCCCGUCCAGUGUCGCCGUCCUCUCAGACUGCAGACUGCUGCUGGGCACGGACACAGGGACGCUGCACCUUUACCGCGCUGAGAGCUCAUCCCCGGUGGCGCUGGAGCCUCACGACAGCAGAGUUACCUGUCUAGAAACCAGUCACAAUGAAUGGUAUGCCUUCAGCGGAUGCCAGGGACACGUCCAGAGAGUGUGGAACCUGUCUACCGGGCGAUGGGAGCUGGAGAUGUUCUACAAGGGCGCAUUCUUCAAAGGCGUAGUCUGUGCUGCGUUCUCCCAGGACGAUCGCCACCUCUAUACCGGCUCCCAGGAUCGCAGCAUCAAAGUCUGGGAUGUUCAGAAUGGCUCACUGCUGGCAGUGCAGUACGUGUAUGCUGAGGUUACCAAGAUCCAUUCAAUGGCAGACGGAAUGGUGGCCAGCACGAGACUGGGUUACGUCAUCAGAGAGAGGUUCACGUGCCCGCCAGUCAUCCAUCCCAGUUAUAAUGUGCUCAGGGGCAUCAGGGCCACUUGCUCGGUGAGAUCCAGGGUGGGUGGAGGCGCCAGCACCAAGAAAGGUGGCAGCAGGAAGACCCCAGAGAGCCUGCUACAGAACGCGGCACCCUCACGGGUCUGCUCCGUGCUGUGAACACUUGGGUGCAUUUCCCGCACCUCGUGAGUGACUCACCCACUCUAAAACACCAGUUAUCAGCAUGUCUCACAGGGUGAGCCUCAGCACACAAGCAAAUAAACUCCAGCUAAUAGAUUGCUCGAUUCUAUUCUUAGUAACCACAGGUCAGAUUAAACUGAUAAGGCAAAAGAAGAGCAAUAUUUUUCAGCUCUCUGCUUGCUGACUCCUGCACCCGCUCUCUGAAAGCACAAUUCAGGGAACUCUCCUCCUUCAGCUCUCCUGUAUGAGCCAUCAAUCCCCCUCCCCAAAGCUGCUGGCCGAGUUUCCCCAUUCGAUCAUUCGGGAGGUGUGGGUGACCUUACUUGCCCCAUUCCAACUCAGCGUUUCAUUGAGCCGGGUGCCAGGCCACAUAGUUAGAUAACAAAGGUGUAGAUUAUCUUCCUUGGUGAUCCAAGUGCUUCUAAAGGCAAUUUUGUCCUUUCAU